AUGUCCUGUUUCUGGACAUUGGUCUUCGUCUUCUCUGGAGCUCUUCUUCGAGGCACAGAAGCUCAGAAAGGGUAUUACACAAUUGUCGCCCCUCGUGUCCUCCGACCUAACUCUGAUUAUCAUGUAUCAGUAACAACUAUGAUGGUAAGUCAACCAACUACCGUGUUUGUUGACAUUGGAGGAAAGCAGGAUAGCGGGGGAGUGUUCAAAACUAGCCAGUUCCUGGCAGUGGAACCCUAUGUCUCUCGAAUACUACAAUUAAAAAUUGGAGACAUAGGACCUGGAAACUACAAUCUGACAGUUAGAGGAGAAGGAGGUCUGAAUUUUUACAACACAACAAAUUUAAGUUACGUCCAUAAGAGUUAUUCAGUGUUUAUCCAAACAGAUAAAGCUAUUUACAAACCUGGACACAAAGUUCAAUUUAGAGCAAUAGCUUUAAAUGCUCAUCUGAAGCCUUCAAUUACAGGAACCUUAGAUAUACAUAUUACAGACGGGAAAGGAAACAGAGUGAAACAAUGGCUUAGAGUUAUACCAAUAAGAGGUGUUUUCUCUGGUGAGCUGGAACUUUCUCAGUCACCAGUACUAGGUGAUUGGACAAUAACUGUCAAGAUCCUUGAUCAAACCUUUACUAAAGAAUUCACUGUUGCUGAAUAUGUGUUACCUAAAUUUGAAGUUACUGUAGAUGUUCCAAAGCACGCUACCUUCAAGGAUUCAAAAGUUGUUGCUACCAUCAGAUCAAAAUAUACAUAUGGAAGAGCAGUUAAAGGAGAAGCUACAGUUACAGCCUUCCCUGCUUACGUUUCUGAUAUCAUCCAACCAGUUUUUGAACAACCUGUCCAUAAAAUCAUUCCUAUCGAUGGGAAAGCAUCUGUAGAAUUUGAUAUUACAAAAGAACUUAACCUGAAGAAUGAUUAUGAGAGGGCGAUCCAGUUUGAUGUAACUGUAAAGGAAGAUUUGACCGGAAGAAAACAAAACAGUAGUGCUCAAACAAUGAUUCACAAACACAAAUAUACUCUUGAAUUAGUAAAAACGUCUGAAUAUUUUAAACCAGGACUUAAAUACACUGUUUUUAUUAAAUUAGCUCAUCACGAUGGUGUUCCAGUAAUUGACAAAACAAAUCCAGUCAAGGUAUUUUUUGGAUUUGAUUAUAAUAGUGAUAAUUACACAGAAUCUCAACACUAUCUGUCCUCUAAUGGAAUUAUUGAACUCACCUUUUACCCUCCAACAAACGUAACUGUUUUAGGAUUAGCUGCUGAAUAUUUGGAUGUCAAAGAAUGGUUUUCUAUUGUGACAGCAGCGGUUUCUCCUAGUAAUACAUUCAUACAAACCAGUGUAAACACUGAAAACCCUAAGGUGAAUAGUGACAUUGAACUUCAGGUCAAUUCUACAGCACCAUUGAAAUACCUCAGUUAUUCAGUGCUUGGCAGAGGUGAUGUUAUUGUUGCUAAUUCUGUUGAAGUUAAUGGAAUGAAAACAGCUAAAUGGAGGUUCCAAGCUACUUAUGCUAUGGCACCAACUGCCCAUGUAAUAGUUCAAUACGUUCGGGAAGAAGAUGGUGAAGUAAUAGCAGAUGCUUUGGAUAUACAAUUGGAUGGAGCCAUGCAGAAUUUUGUUGACCUAGAUGUAAAUCCAGAGGAAACUGAACCAGGCAAUGUUGUUGAAAUUAAGUAUGCAGCAAAACCAAUGUCAUAUGUUGGACUCCUUGGUGUAGACCAAAGUGUUCUUCUCCUUAAAAGUGGAAAUGACAUUACUAAGGAUGAUGUCAUAACGGAACUGAGCAGUUAUGAUAGCAGUUCAUCGAGUAUGUUUUCGACAAUCAUGAGAGGUCUUCAAAGAGACAGCAUUAGAUCCAUGUUCUGGUGGCCAGGGUCAUUAACUGCUCAUGAAGCAUUCCAGAAAUCCGGAGCACUCAUCAUGACCAAUGGUUAUGUCCACGAACAUACUCCUUGGAGGCAUGAUAACAACAGCUUGAGAGAGGAUGCCUUUCUAAGCAACAUUCCCCCAAGAGGCAAGAAGAUAGUGAAACCGGACAUCGGCCCUCCUGUCAUAGUGAGACCAGUGACAAGACCACCUUUAGCUGGGCCAUAUGCCUUCUCACGCAUACCCAAACCAGUUUGGAAUCGGCCAAGAGUAUUCCUUCAGUCAGAUGUCAGGCCUACCUGGCUCUUCACUAACUUCUCAUCAGGUAUUGAUGGAAAAGGAAGUUUCAAGAAAGCUGUGCCUGACACUAUAACAUCUUGGGUAGUGUCAGCAUUUGCUGUUGAUCCACUUUAUGGUCUUGGAAUUUUAGAUAUUCCGAGAAAGGUUAAAGUAUUUCGACCAUUUUUCGUCUCUCUCGAUCUACCAUACUCCGUGAUAAGAGGAGAAACAGUUUCUAUACCUGUUGUAGUCUUUAAUUAUAUGGACAAAGCUAUUCAGGCUGAGGUUACCUUUGAAAACUCAGGAGAAUUUGAAUUUGCUGAUUAUUCAAAUGAUGUUAAUGAUCAACCUAAAUUGGAACUUUUCCGAAGGAAGAAAUUAUCAGUUGCACCUAAUAGUGGAACUACUACUUCAUUUAUGAUUACACCAAAAGAAAUAGGUUACAUUACUAUUAAAGUUACUGCUAAAACUGCAUUAGCAGGUGAUGGAGUUGAAAGAAAACUUCUUGUCAAGCCGGAAGGAGAAACACUGUACAAAAACAAAGCCUUCUUUGUUGACUUAAGAAAUACCAAUUCUUUCAAAACUAAUGUAACUUUAGAUAUACCAGCAAAUAUUGUUCCAGGUUCUGAAUUUAUUGAAGUUUCUGCAGUUGGUGAUCUACUGGGACCAAGUAUACUGAAUUUAGAGCAUUUGAUAAAAAUGCCUUAUGGUUGCGGAGAACAAAACAUGUUGAAUUUUGUUCCAAACAUUGUUAUUUUAAAUUAUUUAAAGAACUCCAAUCAGUUAACUCCUGCCAUUGAAACUAAGGCAAAACGAUUCAUGGAAACUGGAUAUCAACAGGAAUUAACAUAUAAGCAUUCUGAUGGAUCAUUUAGUGCCUUUGGAAGUGCUGAUCCUAGUGGCAGCACCUGGCUGACAGCUUUUGUAGCAAAAUCAUUUUACCAAGCAACACCACACAUUAAUGUAGAAGACAUUAUUAUCAAAGAGGCAUUGGACUGGUUGGUUACAAAGCAAGAACCAAAUGGAAAUUUCCCGGAGGUUGGGACCGUAAGCCAUACAGAUAUGCAAGGUGGUGCAGGAAAAGGCCUAGCUUUGACAGCUUAUGUUCUUACAGCUCUAUUAGAGAACAGAAGAUUUUCAGCUCCAUUAAGGAAUUCCAUUAAUAAAGCAACAGACUACAUUGUUAAGAAUUUUGAUGGAUUAGAUGAUAUUUAUGCCAUUGUUUUGUCCACUUACGCCCUUCAUCUUGCACAGCAUCCAGCAAAAGAUAAUGCUUUCAAUGUUCUUGAAUCUAAAGCCAAAACAUCUAAUGAAAUGAAAUGGUGGACUAAAAAUGAAAAUUUAACUGAUGAGAAGAAUCCUAAUGCUUUACUACCUAAUUCAAUUGAUGUUGAAAUGACAGCAUAUGCAAUGCUGGUAUACAUUAAUAGAGGUCUUAUUGAGGAUUGUCUACCAGUUAUGAAAUGGCUGUUCACUCAACAAAAUGAUCAAGGUGGCUUUGCUUCAACUCAGGACACAGUCGUUGCUCUUGGAGCUCUAGCUGAACUUGCUACCUCUAUCAGUUCAGGUUCGGUUGAUGUAACUACAUCUUUCUCAUAUGGAAAUGGUAUUACUAAGGAUAUACGAAUCAACUCUGCUGUUUCAAUGAUUCUUCAUAAAGUUGAGAUUCCUAGAAAAGUUCGUCAGAUCAACGUUACUGCUUCUGGAAGCGGGCUCGCAGUUGUGCAGGUUUCUUAUCGUUACAAUGUCAAUGUAACUGGACCAUGGCCACUGUUUUUAUUGGACCCACAAGUUGAUAAAAAUUCUGACAAAAACCAUCUCCAACUGUCUAUUUGUUCACGAUUCACUGGUGGCAAUGAAAGCAACAUGGCUGUAAUGGAAAUAGUGCUUCCAUCGGGCUAUACUGUUGACUCUGAUGCUCUUCCUAGCCUUCAGCUCUCCCAUAAGGUUAAACGAAUUGAAACAAAGGAGGGUGAUACAACUGUUGUGCUAUAUUUCGACAAGAUGACAAAAGAAGAAAUUUGUCCUACGAUCUCUGCAUAUAAAACACAUAAAGUAGCAUUACAACGCCCUGUGCCAAUUGUUUUAUAUGAUUAUUACGAUCAAUCGAGAAAAGCUCGUAUGUUCUACGAACCUCUUAGAACAAUGCCUUGUGAUAUAUGUGAAGGAGAGGAUUGUAACAACAUCUGCAGUGCCAAAUUGUCAUCGCAAGCUGGUGGUAGCAGUCCUGGUUCAGCCUCUACUUAUGCUAUGUCAGCAUUGGUUUAUCUACUGGUCCCUGUCAUAUAUUAUGUACAGAGCUAA